AGGAUGACUGUAGAGCUGAGCAACGGAACUCAUGGAGCCGUUUUAAAAAUCAAUCCUGUUGAGGGAGAUGACGAGGCCACUUAUAAAUGCGAAAUCACCUACCUGGAAGUCAUAGAGAACUGCGACGUGGUGCAAAUAGUCAAGCUGAAGACAUUGAAAAUUCCAGAAAACGUGAAGAUUUUUAAAAGCAUUGAUCAGACGCCAUUGCCCAAUUCUACCCUCAUCGGUCCAAUGGAAGAAGACGAUGAAAUGGAUUUGAUUUGCGAAGCUACCGGUGGAAAACCCACCCCUAAAGUCCGAUGGUUCAACGGUACCACCGAAAUAACAAGAGCUAAAUACACGGUAACGAAGUCUGUGGACGGAGUGGAAACGGGGAUAUCGACCUUACAGUUGACUCUCAAAAGGGGUGAUUUACUGGCUCGGUUUGAGUGCAGGGUCGAGAGCGAGGCCCUCGACGAACCAAUCAUAUCUUGGGUCCAGAUCGAUGUUCACGUGCGACCCACGGACAUCAAUUUAACCGGCGUCGAAAACCACGUUGUUCAAGGUACAAACGUGAAAUUGGAUUGCAAAGUGUUCGGCGCCCGACCCGCCGCUAACGUCCGCUGGGCCAACGGUUCAUCUUCAAUCGACGAAGAAAACUUCGACAAGUUAACGCUAGAGAGUCCGAUAAAUACGAGAUACAUCGAAGAGAAAGACGGAACUUUCACUACGGUUAGUUCGCUAUCGUUCAAGGCGAGUCACUGGGAAAACGGAAAAACGAUUUACUGCUUCACAGAUAACGAGGUUAUGACGAAAAACGGCGAGCCCGAGUUCUCGAGGAGCAUUAUUUUGGAUGUUCGAUAUCCACCAGUAAUAACAGUAAAACCAACUUAUGCCGUUGUUAACGAAUCAACAGACUCCAAUGUUACCAGUGCAUUUUUACAAUGCCUCUAUUAUGCGAAUCCUCAAGAACUUUUGGUAGCUACCUGGUUAAAGGACGGCAAGCCGUUUUUAACGAACGACACGAAAAAGUACGUCGGCGGCACCAAUUUCAACCCGCCCCUGUACAUAAAUAACAUUGCUCGCGAAGACAUGGGCGAUUACAAGUGCUCCCUGGGGAACGCUAUCGGCACCGAAGUAUCUCCGGAAAGCGUGUCGCUUAAUGUGUUAUAUACGCCCGAUGUGGAAGUGCUAAUGGAGCCGUUCUAUCCGAUCAAAUCGACUGACAGACGUACUGUUAUUGUGAUGUGUAACGUUACUUCGGGAAAUCCUUCGUCUCUUCUUAAGGUCCGCUGGUUCCUCGAAGGGGAAUUGAUGAAGGAAUUUCCGGAAUGUAACUACACGAGCAUCGACGAGAACGGGCAGGGCGAAGGUAACGGCGGCCCCUUUUGCGGUCUGGAUCCCAGCAUAUUGAGCCUCGAACGGGUGGACGAGUCCUUCGCCGGCAACUAUACGUGCCAAGGAAUGAACGUAGGCGGCUGGGGACCCGUCUCCGAGCCGCAGGAAUUGGUCGUCUAUUAUCCACCGGGUCCUGCUAAAAUUCGAUACUCCCCAUCGAAGGUGGUUAAAGGAGGUUUUGUAACAUUAACCUGCACAAUAGAAUCGACUGGUAGACCGGACAACGUCAGUUACAUUUGGUACAGGGGAUCUCACGUGCUGUCCAACGUAACAAAAUCGGUUUACAACAUAACUUCAGUCGGUUUGGAAACGAGGAACAACUUUUCGUGCCGAGCCGUAAACGAGGGCGGCAAAGGUGAACCGGCCAGCGUCUUCGUCCACGUUUAUGCUGCUCCGGCGUUCACGAAGAAACCUCCGACGUACCAAGGCAUCCUGUACACAUCCAAACACGUGAAUUUGACGUGCAUAGUGGAGUGUUAUCCGGAAUGUUCCAUACAAUGGUACAAAGACGGCGUUAACUUGGAUCCCGUGCACAAUCCCCUGUACAAAUUGGAAACGCAUUUCCUGCCUUCGAAUCCGCAGAAAAACGAUUUCGAAUCGGUUAAUUCCACGCUGAUUUGGAAUUUGACCGCAUGGCCCGGACAAAUGUUGAACAAGACCAGUUCGAAUUCGAAUUAUACCUGUCAAGCUACUUCGAAUAAAAUCGGUCUCGGCGUCAGUUCCACCGCAGAAAUCGCUGUUGAUUAUCCUCCAGAAGAUGUCCGAGCCAGCUCUCCAAUGGUCAACGUGAAAGAAGGCGAAGUUCCGGCGUCUGUAAAGUGCACGGGAAAAGGUAGACCGACCCUCACCUUCCAAUGGAAGAAGAAUUACACAUCCGAACCGAUUUCCAACAACGAUUUACUAGUUCUGCCGAAAUUGACGAGAAGCGACAACGCCGCUUACAUUUGCGAAGCAUCCAACAAGCACGGAUCAAUGACUGCCACGGUUUAUUUUAAUGUGCAAUAUCCCCCCGAAUGUACGAUAACCACUGUGGACAAAAAUGGCACACCAGCUCUGGUGUGUACCGCCAUAGGAAAUCCCCAGGAGAUGACGUUCAAUUGGACGGUGAAAGAAGGCAACGAAACAUUUAACGAAACGAACAACAUCGUCAAUGACAAAUUGAAGAGCUAUCUAUUGCUCGAUUCCAGCGUAGAAACGUACAGGACGUACUAUUGCGUCGCCCACAACUUGAUAGGACAUAGUAGUGCUUGCAAGAGAGAGGUCGCAGGCAACCUCUCGUGGUGGAAGCAGCUGAAUCAAGAGAAGAUGAUCAUCAUUAUCGCGUCGAUAGUGGCGGUGAUAGUUUUCGUGAUAAUAAUCUGCAUCAUUAUCAUCAUUUUGUGCAGGAGGAAGAGGGCCGAUACAAAGUACAAUAGUCCGCUGGAAAUGGAGGAAAGAGAAAAGUUUCUGUGCACGCAAAGUCCCGACGUACUUGGCUUACCUUUAGUGCCCUGCGGUAGGGUAACUUAUCUGGGAAACCAAGCGCCCAACAUGUCCUCUACCGAAGAUAAACCGAGGCUUGGGGUUGGCCUACCUCUUGGAGGUACAGCGGACCCCUCAAGUGAGCCCGACGGGGGAUUCUACGAAAAUCUGCCUUUCCACGGCAUCCAAAAUCCACCAAAUAAAAACGCUUUCUAUACAUUAUCCACUCCGAAUUUCAAGCAACUAAACCCACCCAUCGUACCGCCGCAGUACUCGGCGACCAUACCGCAUCCGAAACACGCGAAACUCGCGCCGAAAUCGCUCUUCCACGAGCAAAUCCAAAAGAGCAAAUCGUUCUCGUCCAAGUCCAAGCAGAAGAAGCACCACUUCCAGAUACCCCUGCAGAAAUGCCACAGCUUCAAGUUCCAAACGGCCGAGAGCUACUUUCAGCCGAUCAAAAACAUACACGAAGAGAACCUGCUGAGGAACGGUUACGUGUCGGAUUAUCCCGAGGGUAGCUCCCACAGGUGGCGCCACCAGAAGAAGGAUAAGCACAAGCACCACGCGAGCAAUAAAGGACCGCUGGUGAUCAGGCGGCCCAGCGAUUAUCAGGAAAACGUGCAAUUUCAGGAGAACGUGCAGAAUUCGGUGCAGCUGCAGUAUCCGCAGCCGUUGCCGGCGGGCAGGGAGCCGGCCCGAGAUGGGGGCGGCGGCGUCGGCGGCGUCGUCAAGGCGAACGGGAUCGUGUACGCCGAUUUGGACAUGCCGUCGGGCAAGAGGGGCUCGCAGGAAUCCUGCGCGGCGAAAUCGAAGUCGAGCCAAAAUUCGAAAAAGACUGAAUACGCGACGCUUAAUUUUAACGAAAUCGGUCAGGAAAUCGACGUCUAA